AUGCAAGAGUCGCAAAUUAAUCUAGCCAUUCAAGCUAUUGCUUCAUCCAAAAAACUAAGUGUGCGAAGAGCUGCUAAAAUCUACUGCGAUUUCUACAACUUCGAUGAGACAGGCUUUAUGAUGGGACAAAUAUCACCACAUAUAGUAGUUACUAAAGCUGAUCGAUAUGGAAAAAGCAAAGCUAUACAAUCAGGCAAUCGAGAAUAG